AUGCAAGUAUACUUUGUUUUGUUAUUCAUCGCUUUGGUUUUUAUUGUUGGUUUUCAUGCGAAACCAAUGAACUUCAAUACCGAAGAUGACAGUAAUGAUGAAAUGGAAAAUGUCAAACGUGGUGGCAUUGAUCCAGAAUGUACACUUAGUUGUACAAAAUGGUGGUGGUGUCGUGCUAGUGGAUGGUUCUUGAAAAAAUGUGAAAAACCAGCAGGAUGUAUCUGCGAUCAAUUUGCUUGGGAAAAAUAA